UCAAACCGCCAGCUCCGGAAGUGGUACCAAGUUGCCGCGAUAAGACGUCAGACGCGAGCGUCCCUUCAGAAUCUGUGACCAGGAAGUGAAUGUGGAACCCAGCCGUAGAAAAAUGUCGUUCCUCGAUAGUAAAAGGUGCAACCGUUCUUAUAUUUGUCCUCUCUGUCAGAAAUCCUAUGACACACCAUGUUCGCUGGCUGAACACUACGUUAGCACCUGGCAUGAACGUAAAGAGCAAUCAUCUGAACCCCAGGAGCAGAACGGUGCAAUAUGCUUGAGCUCCUUCCUGAAGGCCCACAUGAAAGAGGACACCAUUGUGGGCCUGGAAUAUGUCAUGGAGAUGAAGAAGGAUUCAUCAUAUACAUAUACCUGCCGGCUGUGCAAAGAAAUGAAUACCAACUUGCCGACCAUAGUCCAACAUAUCGUCAAUUUAAUGCACACUGAGCGUUAUAUUGAUAAACAUUACAAAUACUUAUUGCCCCCUUACAGAGACAGAGACAGAGCCAGAAGAGGGGGCAGGAGAAGUGAGUAUGUGAGAGCUCUGAGAGAUGCCGCAGUAAUGAUUACGGAACAGCAGGGGAGUAAAGAAAUUCAGGUCGUGCUCCUUGAGAGUGACGGUAAAACCGCAGAGGACCCUCCACCAUCCAAACCUGAGAGUGACGGUAAAACCUCAGAGGACCCUCCACCAUCCAAACCUGAGAGUGACGGUAAAGACAUUAAGAAUAAUUGCCCUCUGCCUUCCACAGGUAAUGAUUUACAGACGGAGCACACGAAGGAGAGACUGCCACGGGAUUCUGUACCGCAGGAGAAGGGGUCGCAUGUAAAGAUAAUAAAAGCUACGUUUCCAAAGUAUACCUGUUUCCCCUGCAAAAUAACCUGUUCCUCAGCUGUGAAUCUGUGUCAACACAUCAUCGGCAGCAAGCAUAAAACAAACCUGCUCUUGACCCAGGAGCAAGAUGAUGCAAACCGCUUGAGCUCCUUCCUAAAUGCCCACAUGAAGGAAGACCCCAUUGUGGGCCUGGAAUAUGUCAUGGAGGUAAAGCAGGGCUCAUUGUACAAAUUCUCUUGCCAGCUGUGUGGCGUGGUGGAUGUCGACUUGAUGAAAAUAGUCGGCCAUAUCACGGAUUUAAACCACAUUGAAUGUUAUGCUCUGAAACACUAUAGUCACAUGUUUUCCCCUCUUGUUCCCGGCAUCAGUCCAAAUGCCCGUGGAAAAGCCCUGAGAAAAAUUGCUGCAACGAUCACAACACUGCAGGGGUGCAAAAAAAUUCAAGUAAAAAGUACCAGUGUCGGUGGCCUGACUGAGUCUGCUUUGUUCCCAGGGGGUGAUGGUAAAACAAAGAAAGCUGCGGAGGACACAAUACCAUCCAAACCUAAGCGUGACCGUAAAACAAGGAAAGCCUUUGAGGACACUCUACCAUCUAAACGUAAGGGUGGUCGUAAAAAAAGAAGGAAAGCCGUCAAGGACACACUACCAUCUAAACACAAAAGUAGAAGUUCUCACUCAAAAUGGAGUCCAUUAUCAUAUCAGGAGAAAAGUUUGUAUGAGAGCCAUGAAAGCCACCGCUACAGUAAGAUGCCCAAAGUAUCUAAAAGUGAUGACCCACCUUUGGCCAAGAGGAUCAGGCUUUCCCCUGAGGGUGACUGGGAUGCCUUGCCUUCAAGAUCGCACAUUUCAAAGCAUAGGAGCUCACACUAUGAGAGCCAGGCCAUUAGAAUGGAUUGUACAACAGCCAUGCAGGAAUUGGAGUUCAGAACAAAUGAAGAAUUUUUUAAUUAUGUAUCUAAUUUUGUGAUCUCUAAUGAGGAAGAUGCUGUCUUUAUCCGGACGAUUACCCAGAACUGCAUUAGGGCUAUGACAAACUUUGAGGUAGAAGAGGCAGAGAGGCAGAAGACCACUUAUCACUCAGAGACUCCAUUGGCGCACACAAGCAGGACUACCCAAGAGAUCCCAGAUAUUUUAGAAAAUAAAACCGAGUCACAUUCAUGGGGUUCUGAAAUGACUUUGCUCAAAGACACCUCAAAUCCCCCCUCAGAAUCCAUGCCUAAAAAUGAGGUAACCGACUUCUUUUUCAGCAGCAUUAAAAACAUGGAUGAGUCCGAGGUGGUUGGUGUUUUCCAGAAAAUUGCUACCACAAAUCCUGAAUUUCAAGGAAUGGACAUCCCUUCUGUUAUGAGAUUCUUAAAGAAUUCUGGCAGAUUAAACAAGCCUUGAUGCUGUGAAAAUACAUUGUGUUCUUUACUGCUGUUUUGUUUGUUUCUUGAAGAGGUUCCAGAGAGAAUAACUUGGAUAAUAUAUUAUUUGGCAGGUUCUUGACAGUUUUUGUUCUCUCUCUCUCUCCCCCCCCCCCCCCCCCACCCCCAUGUCAGUUGUUUUUCAUACUAUUUCCUGUAAAGAUUCACAAUACCGUAGUAUAAAUCAAAAACUAUAUUUUUCAAAAGCUGUUGUGAAAGUGUUCAAAAAAACAAAAUCAUUUUAGAAUGGGGAAGGCUUAGAACACCUGUCAGGGUUUUGCUGAUUUUCAGAGCUCCUUUGGCAAUAUUUCCUUUGCUCUUUGAUACGGUGCUCAGCUUUCAGCUCUGUGGGGUGUCACGCUUAGAGGUUUUUAGCGUGUUAGGUACUAAUACAUUUAUUCAUAUUUUUAAAUAAAACGUCUUCUAAAAAUGCUAUUUGCUUGGCUGUAAUUCCAAUUUCUUUUUUCCCCUCAAUAUUUGCAGAUACACUGUCCUCAUACAAUAUUUCUGAUUUUCCAAUCUGCUUGUUUUUCAGGGUAAAAGACUCAAAUUUACUAAAACUAGAGGAAGCUAGGCAAUUAGUAAUUUCAGAUAGCGUUCUGCAGUGGCAGCUCCCAUAUUUCUCUCAGCACAGGUUUAUUAAAGUAAAGUAUAUCUAAAGCUAAAACCUUAUUUUUUUAUUUU